UGGCAGCGGUGGCGGCUGCCUGGUGUGGCGGCAGCCGGGUUUAUCAGUGUUGGCUAGUCGGUGACCAAGUGUGGGUGUGCCGCUCCGCUCUCUUGAUUUCUCCACUCAUUCUCUCUCUCCUCUGCUACCACUUUCGCAGUACAUAGCCCGUGCAGGGUGGCGAGGCAGCGACCCUGCGCGGGUGUCGUGGCCACGCCAAGGAUACAUUCCCUUGUGUGCGGUGUUCAACUCCCUGUGCUCGUCUUUGUUUCGGAAUGUGCUUUUUCGUGACUUAAAUCUACGUGACAGUUAACGCUGAGUAUUACAUUUUGUCGAGGAAUCACAAGACUACGCAAGAUGACAGGAUUUAAUAGAACUGAUAAUUGAUGUUCGGGAAUACUGAAUAACUUGGGUGUAGGAAAAUCCUGUAGUAUUCCAUGCAUUAUGAUCUGUGACAAAUAUUCCCACUUACUGCCCCGGCCUGAAGCUUAGCGGUGGUGGGCUUGAACAGCCUCAGCAGCCUGUGGCUCAGCAGGAUCAGAAGCACAGGGAUCACCUUCAGCAGCCUUUUCUCCCACACAGCUUUAAGGUCGUCGGCGGCGUCACCGCGGGCGGCCCCGGCUGCUGCUGGGUGUAGAUGGUCGCCCUGCUGUCCACGACACCGCGCCCAGGUCGCCGAGGAUGAAGGUUCCAGGCGUGUUUGCGUCCGUGGCCGGCUGGCGGUGGUGCCUCCUCAGCCUGGCCCUCCUCGUCCCCUCCGCCGCCGGAGCGUGCGAGCUGCCCAUCCACUGGCGGGGCGGCUGGUUCCAGAGCGGCGUGCGGGAGGUCAUCUCCAUCACCAGGACAGAGUUCUCCUCUAAAGGAGUAUGCACACACUCCUCCGGGGAAAAAUUUCUUUUUAGAGAUCGGAGCGAUGGCUGCUACCGAUGUGUCGUGAUAAGUGAGAAACACCCAAAUGUCCUCCAAUAUAAAGAAACACUGUGCGAGCCGUCGAGGGACCUGUCAGCCCUGUGUGCCCAGAUCACCGGCGACGCGCUGCUCUACUCCAUGUUCCGCCGCGACGCCCCGCCAGACCCCUGUCCGUUCAAGGGGCCGCUCACCUUCAGCUACACGGGCAGCCACGGCCAGUGCAGCGUCCCCGCCUCCAACAUUGACUCCUGCACCAGCGACAGUCGCCUCCUCUUCAAGUACCAGGCGUGUCCUGACGUUCAGGGCACCGAGAGUUCCGAGGUGGAAGUAGAGUGCAUCGGCCACUGGAAGGAAGGCUCCACGCGCUACUUCGUGGGCCGCCUGGAGGGCCGCCGAGCGGUCACGGACGAGGACAGGUAUCGCUGCUUCGCCUGGGAGCGGGUGCGAGACAACAAGGAUCCGCUGGACUUCCGCAUGGCUCAGUCUGGGGACGCGACCUGCAACGGUGUCUUCUCAGCCUACGACGGUGCCAAGAACCUGCGUAUCAGUAAAGCUGGAAGCUACAGUGGCUGUGAAUUCCCGUCGUGGGUGGCGUCACACCGGCGUUGGCACGCCCUGGACAAGGGAGUGUCGUACUCCGUGGCGCACCACAACACCACGCUGCGACUGCACCACUCCCACGGCACCAGGACCCAGCCCGUGCCCCUCGGCCUCACCCAGGAAGACGAAGAAGAGCCGGAGAGGACCAGAGUGAUACCGACGGGCCCCGAGGAGCGACUGGUGUGCUCGCAGACGCGCGAGGCCUCGAGUUCCAGAGUGGUGAUCGUCACUCACGUCACCACCGGAUGCACCAGCGGCUUCGUGUGCACCGUGUUCUACCGCCGGGACGGCCACAUCAUCGAAAUGCAGCAAGGAUCCCGCACCUUCAGGGCCGUAGACGCCUGCAACCCCGAGCACUUCAACGCCUCCACGGCCCCGCACACCACCCUCACUAGCACCACUCCCUCCCGCCGUGCUUGUCCCUUCGUGGGCGUGUGGACGGCCGGUGAGGGGGAGUGUGGGCGCGAGGUGACCCACCUUAGGGCGGGCUGCAGCGCCCUCUACGCCCUCAAGUUCGUCCACGCCUGUGCCACACAGACCACGAAGCACUCCUUCGUGUGCCACGGCCACUGGGCCGAGGGCGGCUCUGUGUUCGUGGUGGCGUCCACGCCCGACCGCCCGACACAUCGCCUUUGCCUAAUAGCCACUUCAGUCAAUAACAAAAAGAGGUCUAGCAGUAAUAGCACAGUUAAUAGCAAAACCCUGCAAAUCACCGCGCACGCGCACUCCUGCCCGCGUCGCCACGUUCCCCGCACCACGCCCCUCAGCUUCAACCUCACGGCCCAAGGUGAGUGUGCCGUGGCCGGCAGCAGCAGCAGCUCCCCCGCCCUCUGGUCCCCGCUGCUCAUCCAGCUGUCCAUCCUCCUCCAUCUCGCGCCGCUGGCCGCCAGCCUCCUCAGUGGCGACAGAUGAAUGUUGUUGGAUUUUCUCAUUCUGGCCAUAAGUUUAUUUUCACUUUCAGUUUUUUCAUGAUAUAUGAAUUUGCAUAUACCAAGCUGUUUAGGAGUGGCUAGGUUAGUUGCGAAAGUCUUUUGUUCCAGUGUAAACAUUUGCCAUGAGUGUUGUGGUACGUGAGCGAGACCUUUGGUGAAAACACAUAGUUAAUGAGAUGUCAGUUUGUAAGAUAUUGUCUUAUAUGUGAAUAUUUUUAACUGAGGUUUUAUAUGUAUUUCAUAGUUAUAUACAUAUAUAUAUUCUUUUAAAUGUUCUGCAAGAACUUGACACAGUUGAAAUAUAUUUUGAUAUCCUUGAUAGUCAUCUAUUGAGAUAACAGAAAGACUAAUUGUAUAGAUGAAGUGAGUCUGGUAAUCAGACCUCAGUCGGUACAUAUAUAUUAUAUAUACAUAGAUAUAUUGUUGAAUCUUGAUUUAGGGUGCGGGAAGGCUGAUGGAGCUAUCAUUUACAUGGCUUUGUUCUGUAUCCUGACACCAUCAGCAUGGAAUGAUACCAAUCUUGUCCUGCGGCACCAGAAAGGCUGUAAGGGUGCAAGGAGUGUCGGGCCUGGGUGGUGUAAGGAAGAGAGGAUUCUGCAUUCUCUGUCACACUGUCUUCAUUACCACACUUGUAUGGUAGGAGCAUCAAACACGUAUAUUCCAGUGGCAGAUGAAAGUGUAUCCAGCAGCAGACAGCCGUAGAACAUCGGUGUACACUGCAGCAGCUCCCACUGUGUGUUUAUCCCUCAAGACAGACAACAGUUCCUGAGAUGUGGGAGUGGCCGCCUGUGGGUGCGGCUCCGGAGGCUACACAGCGACCGUUCAGGCUCGUCACUAGUCCAAAGCCAUGAGACAGGUUUUCGGCGCUCAUGAAAUACUGAUUUGUUGAUGUGAUAUUUAGUGUAUAAAUUCGGAGUGUUAGGAAACUUCACAGUAAUCAUUAUCUUUGGGUAAUCGGAACACUUGCCAGUGAUAAAGGGCCAAAAUCAUCACUGCGGGAUCUGUUCUUCGUGUCUUCUUGUGCCACCCUAGCUCCUUCCGGUGUGGGAGUCUUGUGAGGCUCGGAAAUGAAAAUACUCAAAGCACCCAAAACGUUACAAGCUUCCCAACCGAGACACUGAACAGAUACUGAACAAAUCUCCCUAGAAUCUCAAAAACAAUCGUAGCCAAGGUCAGAUGUCAGCCUCCCCGCGCCCCCGUACACAAAACUGUCAGCAUCGAGGCACUAUAAAUUCUUUCCUUUUGUUUCGAAGCUUAUGUGGGUCUGAUCUUGUGCCAUGUAAAUCAGCUAACUGAAAAUUUAGUACAUAAGCUGUAAAGAGAUCCGUUAUUAGUUUCCAUGUGUAUGUAGGCACAAAGUUGUCUUAUUAAAUCCGUUGCGGGUGGAAGGAGACGCCCCGUUGCCAUGUGUUAGCGGUCGUAUACCAUGUAAAUACUGAGCCACAAACAGUAGUCAGCGUGAUCAUGUUACUAAUGGCAUAGGACACAAUAUAUUCCGAUCCAAAUAAGAAACUCAUAUGCAAGAUUUUUUAUGACAUAUGAUUUUCACUGUAUACAUAUGAGAUGCAUUCUGAUAAAAAUAAAAAUAUAUCGACGGGUUGUUACGAGUUAAGAUAUUUUUGGAAUUAUAUUUACGAAACUUAGAUACACAUUAUUAUUAACCUUGAUUACUAUUUUAAGUAUGGUCGAAUGUUCUUUUAGAGCAAUAUUUUUUUUGUUUUCCAAUUGUUAAAUUCACGAUGUAUUGUUUCAACACUAGAAGUUGUACUGAGAAAAUCGUAGCCAAUGCUGUGUUAAGUGAGGCCUUUGUGAGUGUGUAUGUUAACUGCUUCAGUGAUACUUAGAUAUUAGUCAGUUGAAUGUACAGCCAUUAUUUUGUAAUUUACCCGUGAAUGGGAACGACACAGGCAUACACAUAAAGGUUUUAUGUAUGUGCGUGUGCUGAGACUACACAGAACUCUCCUUACACGGACUCCUCUGACGAACGAUCGGGAUGAUUAUGAUGUUUUUCAUGAAGUUUGUUUCUUAAAAUGUUGGUCCAAAACGUUCCCCUGAGUACUUUUAUCAAGUUCGAUGUCACCGCCCAUUACUUUAACCUAUUGCAAAAGGUACAUUUUGUCUGAAGAGUUUUUAUAUUUUAUUUCUUGUAUAAAUAUUGAACUGAG